AAAUUCCUAAAAGGCUCAUCGGCGCCACUUUCCUGUUUGAAUUUGGUUUGGAGUAGUGUAAACUGUUCGGUUCACCUGACGACACCUAUAAGUGUCUUGACAAAUCUAAAUCUUCUUGAUAAGGUUAGCAGUGCAGCUGUAUUCAUGGAUGAGCAAGAGCCGCCAGUGGUAAUCCUCACGGAGAAGAUUAUAGAAGGCAGGAUCAUCAAACGGUCAGAGCUUGAGGCGUUCGAAGCUUCACUUAAUCUACAAGGGAAUCCAGCUGGUGAUGGACCCUCAAUUGAGAACAAAGGGGUGGUAGAACACAACCUGCAGUGUGUCAGUAAGCUCUACAAAAGCAUUAAGUUUGAGGAGCUUGGUGAAUUGUUAGAGGUACCCCCGGCCAGAGCAGUGAAUGUUGCAUCCCAGAUGAUCUCAGAGGGCAAAAUGAAAGGCUCUAUCGACCAGGUUGGCGGGGUUCUUCACUUUGAAGCUGGGGAGACAAUGCAAGCAGGGGACCACGGCAUGGAGAAGGUCGAGGAGAAUAUCUCCAACGCUGAGCCUGAGCGGACUGCCGAAGCUAUGGAAGUAGAAGAAGAAGACCAGGAGUAGUUCAGUAACCUGACCUCAACCGACUCACAGUUUCCUUGCUGUGUUAUAACAAAUAAAU